UGCCCUUGCCUGAGCACUGAGGGCUUGGAGAGGCUGAGAGGAAAGAGAGGGGAGCUGGGAAAGACACACCGGCAAGUGCUGAAGACAGGACAAGUGUAUAGGUCAGAAAUAAGUAUAAGAAAGCUUAUUAGGGGAAGGUGUAGGCAAGAGAUAAAAUAAAUAGAAACUAAGAAAAAAGAAACUGGCUAUUUUUUGGGAAAAACUGGAGCCCCCUUCUUUUUUUUAAGCCUGGUUCAUUUACCUCUGCACGGAUUCUCCUCUUCGUCUUCUUGUUCUUGCUCUCCUCUCUGACAGACAGCACCACCAUGGAAACUGGGAGCCCCAGAAAGAUUCAGUUCACCGUCCCCCUGCUGGACACCCACCUGGACCCAGAGGCAGCAGAACAAAUCAGAAGACGCAGACCCACACCUGCAACUCUGGUGGCAUCCAGUGAUCAGUCCUCACCAGAAAUAGACGAAGAUCGGCUUCCAAACCAGUUGUAUAAGGCAGCUCUGUUGAAUUCUCCCCGACAACGAAGAAAAGGACAAAAGGGGACACCAACAAUGAAAGAGCUGCAGUUUCUUGUAGAACAUCACCUGUACAGGCAGCAGCAGGGAGCUGGAGACGAGUGCUCCUCAGAGAGCUGCUUGUCCGACCGGCCCAGUCCCGACUCUGUUCCCACUGGUGAGGAGCUCCCACAUGAUGACGAUGCCACUGCAGAGGCCUUUGAAAAGCUGCGCUGCCAAAUGGAAGAGUUCUCCAGGGAGAGCCUAUUAGAUGCUGGCGGUGAACUUGAGUGCCCCCUCUCCAAAGAGAAAAACGAUUGUGUGGCCACCGUAGCAGAUCCCUCGUCCCAGAAAGAAAAUGCACUAACAGACACAAAGGCAGGAGGAUCCAGUACAAAUCAGCCAUCAGGGAAGAAGAUGAAGAAAGUCAGCCUCGAGACACAGAAAUAAAGACGUCUGUGCAGCCAAAUGUUGUUCAGUCUGCCCAACACAGUGACAAGAUUGUCCAUGCAGAUGGAGGAACAUCAGGGCAUCACUAUACCUCUGCAGCCAGACUUUAGUUACCACCUCAAGAAUAAGACAAAAUCUUUCUUUAUCUAUUUGUGAAAAAUUCAACCUAAUUUUUAACAGAUUUUACUGUACUGCUCUGAAGCUAGUCAAUUGUGUGUAUAAAUCUGAGAUUCAUGCCUCAGUAACACAUUCAUAACUGUGCUUCAAACAUGAUAUUCCCUCUUAUUGAUCAAAACAAACAAACAAAAGUAGUAUAAGACUUUCUUAUGCUGUUUUUAGUUUGUAUUAUGAGUUUCCUAUUUCACGUUGGAUCAAUAACAUGGAUCAGCACAUCAUAAACAAAUGGAGCUAAUGAAGUUUAAAUUGUAAUUAGAAUGACUUGUCCUUAACUGAGUGAGCAGUGUGUUGAGUGAAAUUCAUAUUAUAAUGUAUAUUUACAUAACAUGCAUCACCUAAAACAUAUGAGCAACUUGCUGAGCUAUGAUAACUGGUUAAUUAUUAAUGAGUUCAAAAAGUGGCCAAAAAUAAAUAAAUUGAUUUUUUACAAUUUUGUAUUCCCCCCCAUUUUUAGAGUUAUGUAAUCACUUUUUUUUUUUUUUUUUU